GAUCAUGGCUGCACCGGACCACACCAGCCAUGUUUGCUAAUUUAAAACCCAAAGGUUAGGGAAUAGUUGUUUAUUAUUUACCGCUGUGCCAUCUUCACCCGCAUAACCGCUUAGACGAAGGUUUAGGGGCGCCUUGCGCCUCUGAAAUCCCAGGACUGAAAGAUGGAGUCAAAUAAUCAUUUCAACUAUGGCACCCACUCCUCAGCAAACUCAGGACUGAAACUCUCCUCAGGGGAUUCUCUUUAUACUAACGGGUCCUCCAUGAGUUUUCCUCAGCAGGGGAAGAAUAUGAACGGCGAAAUGAAUGUGAAUGGCGUCACUACUGUACUCGGGUCCGGUGUGUCUGGUUCCCACCCACCGACAGCUCCUUACCCACACAUGAGCAACCACCACCAGAGCAACAUGGGCUAUGACUACUUGUGGGGAGGACACCCUCAGUAUGGUCCAGCCAUGGGCUCCGCUCCUGGGCACGGGAUGCACCAGAAGCAGCCUACACCUGGGAUGGUGCAGCCUCAGUCACAGCACCACUUCCAGGGUCACGGACAGUACCAGCUGAAUGGGGGUAUUGAAAGCUCCCACCAGCCCCCUGUGUCAGGCCCACCAAACAUGCCUCUUACUGGGAGCCAGUACUGGAACAGGAGUAACCCUGGCCCACAGCAGAUAGGUUAUAAUUCCCACAGUAUGUACGGAUCCUACCAGAGUCAGGCACAUCCUGGAAUUACACCGUCACAGCAUCACCAGCAGCAGUCUUUACAACCGGCUCCACAUCAACCAUCACAGCAGCACCUCCACUCCCAUCGUCACCCACACCACCAUCACCAGCAGCACCAGCAACCACAGCAUUAUGGCCUCAUGCCUAAUGGGAUGCCCUACUACCAGCAUCAACCCCAGCACCCGUCCCUGCCAUCUCCCCAGCAGCAGCAGCAGCAGCAGCAGCAGCCGUCACAGCAGUCCCAGCCCCAAAGCCAGGCUCAGAUGAUGCCCCCAGCUGCCCAGAAUUUUACUCCUCCACGUGGCAGCCCACAGCACCACAGUUUAGGCAGAGGGGGCACUGGUAGUCCUCUACCCGUGGGGAUGUCCUCAACACCAAUGAUGUCAGCUGCUUCAACAGUACAGGAGAGCGGAUCACCCAAGAGCCACAGCAGGGAACGGAGCCCCCAUGCUAGCAAUGUGGGAAUGUCUACUGUCAUGCAAGGGCAUACGAGAGAAGCUGUCAAGGAGAUAGACUCAAGCUAUAAUGGCAUGGAAAGGGCACCUGUUGCCCACAGGCUCCCCAAAAGUGCCGCUCAUGUGGGACCCGAUUAUCGUCAGCACUCUGAACAGCCAGCAGCUCAGCGUCCAGAAAUGGCUUCCCCUGUCAGAGAGACAGCCGUUAACACACCUUCCCAGUCUGUCUCAUCUCAGCUCUCUGAGUCUACCAAGGCCUCAACACCUCCUCAGGUCCCUGCAGCUCCUGCUGUCUCUGAGUCUCCCACAUCCGCCUCUGGGCCCCCUGUAGUAUCAUCUGCCGAUGUAGAAUCUACUCCACCACAAGUCUCAACGCCCCCCAGUGUGUCCUCUGCUCUGUCUCCAGCUGCUCCUCUAAGACAUUCCUCACCUUCUCCAGUGAAGCAAGGCCUCAGGCCUCCCACUUCUGCUGUGACUGAGACGUGCCCUGCUGCAUCCACACAUCAGUCAGCAGGGUCCUCUUCCUCCUCCCUGCCUGCAUCACCUCAGAAGCUAUCUACACCUCAUGCUUCGACUGAUAGUGCGUCUAGACCUUCAGAAGUUUCUUCAGUCCCUCCAGUCUCCUCUCAUUCAUUGGAGUCUGUGGCUCAUCAAACCAAGUCUUCACUGCCUCGUACAGCUGUUACAACUGCACCCAUCUCCUCCCUUCAACAGAUGGUUCAAGGGUCAAAUUCACCUUUGACCACAUCUUGCUUUUUAGACACAUCUGGAGCUCAGCUUGAAAAGCCCGGACCACCAAAAUUAGUGUCUACUGCUUCGUCACUGGGUGCAAAAUCCUCAUCUGCCGGUGUGGUUCCACCUCUAAUGUCUUCAACCUCAAGACCACCUGGCUCUUGUAUAUCAACAUCUGCAUCUCCCAUGUCUGUGUCAAAAACUCCUUCAGUUGUCAGUAAACUUUGUGACCCCACACCCCAGCGUCAGACCAACACUCCUCCAGCUGGUGACUCUGGUCUUUCCACUGCUUCUGCAGCAUCACCACCACCAGGAGCGGAGAAUUUACCCUCCCUAGCAGCCCGUGAAAGUCUUACAGUCCGACCUCUGUCUACCCUACCUCUACUAACCACUCAAGCCUCCAGGACUGCACCCCUGUCCGCCCCUCCUGCCUUGGUGUCUCUGCCCUUUGCAAAGGGUACGUCUUCUGGAGUGGUCCAAAGCUCUGACUCUAAGCAGCAUCCUCCUGACACCACCACUCCUCAUGCGCUGAAGCAGUCAUCUCUCAAGCCUGAGCACCAAAGUGAUAGUGAGGAUAGGAAAGUGUUGGCUAAUAAAAGAAAUGGGGAACCACAGGAACACCUCCCUCGACUUGAUUCAGGUGUAAUAAAGACAGCGCAGAGGGUGGAAGCUACUGAGACGAAUAAAUCUGACAUUCGCUCACUCAAACCUCUCACUGAUCUUCCUGUGAAACCUUUGCAGACCACAGUCGCUCCUGAUCAAAAGCCCAAGAAUAAACAAACCGCUUCUGAAAAGCAACUCAUGCAAAGCUGUGAAGCAGACGACUCCAUGGUAGAGCAGACUCCACCCAAGAUAGCUUCGCAUCUCUACAGCACAAGAGUGGAAAGUCUGACUGAUGAAGAAAGUUUUGAUAACUCUUCACAAACAGCUUCUCGCUUUGAAGGCAAUUCAACAUCCGACACCCCCUCAAGAAUCGAUGUCAGCUCUGUCUUUGAAAAGACCUCUCUUCUAGGCGGCGACAGCUCACAUGUAGACGACUCCGCUCACUUUGACAGCAGCUAUCACCUGAGAAAGGACACUUCUCAGUUUGACAGCACUUCUCAUGCAGAAGAGGAACCAUCCACUGCGUUUGACACCACUAGAGAAAGCAGCUAUUCUGUGGAGGACUCCAGAGGCGACACGCUGGACUCCAGCAGGGGAGAGGGAACGUCUGAGGCAGAGGAGACCCAGGACAGCUCUCAAAUCACUGGAGAGUCCAUGAUGGAGUCUUCCCUGAACAAUACCUCUCAGAUGGAAGAGCACUCUGUCGACUCCUCUGACGUGUCCGACUCACGCUCAUUUGUGCCAUCGCUGCCAGGCCGUCAAGGACCUGACACAGAGUGGGGACCCAGAGGACAUGACACCGCAGACUCAGCUGGACGCAUUAGCAUCAAGACCACUGUUAAUGAGGCAAUGACUCCCCCCAGUUUCAAGAUGAGAGAUGAGAACUUCAUCGCUUUCAGUACUCCAGCAGAGAGCCCAGCUGUACACCCUCUGCAACCUGUAACUGAUCAGACUACACCAGUUGCUGGGGGACUUCUGAAAACCCCAGGGAAACCACGGAAACCUCGAACUCCAAAGGCUAUAUGGAUUAAAACAUCAGCUCCUGACGAGGCCGAACGGAAGCCUCGGGUUCGAACCCCUAAAGCGGAGAAGAUGAAGACCGAUGAAGAAGGAGGCGUUAAAGAAGAGGUAACCAAGGGCAGGAAGAGGAAGAAGUCUCUGAAGGUGGAUGUCAAAGAAGCGUCAGAUGUGUGUGGAGAGGCCGGGCCUCGCACAGCCGGCGUUGAUCCCAUCACAGCCACGAUUGACGCUGUUCUGGCCUCAGCUAUCAACACAGCAGUCGAGAAGCCCAAAAAGGCAAAAAGGGUCAAGAAACAAGAUCAAGACGGAAAUGAGGCAAAAACACCCAAACAAGAAACUGAAACAGCCACCGCUGAUGAUGCUGAGGAAAAUGAGGAUGAUGACUCCACUGCAGGUGAAUCUAACAGACAGAGGAGGGUUGCAACUGAGGAGCAGGUUCAGUUCCCAAUGCAGCACGGCUGGAGGAGGGAGAUCCGUGUGAGGAAAAUGGAGAACCGCAUGAAGGGCGAAACCUGGUACUACACACCUUGUGGAAGGAGGAUGAAGCAGUUCCCAGAAAUAGUCAAGUACUUGAAGAGACACACGGACAGUGUGGUCAGCAGAGAACACUUCAGCUUCAGCCCACGCAUGCCUGUUGGAGAUUUUUAUGAAGAAAGAGAAACUCCUGAGGGUAAGCAGUGGAUCCUUUUGGCCAAUGAGGAGGUUCCCUCUAUGAUCAUGGCCAUCACGGGGCGGCGAGGUCGACCUCCAAACCCAGAUAAAGAUAAACCUCGCAGGGUUCGUGGCCUGAAAGGAGGGCAGGCCCGCCGCCCUGGUCGACCUCCCAAACCCAAGAUGAUUGACCUCCUCAGCAAAGUGGAUGCCAAGCUUUUGAAGCGACUUGAAGCCAAGGAAGCCCUCACGGAAGAGGAAAAGGAGAAACUUGCAAAAAUCAAAAAGAAAAUGAAGAGAAAGGCAAGACUGAAGAGAAGGGAGGAUGCGAAGAUUAAGAAGAUGAAAGCAGAAAAAAAGAGAGCUAAGCUUGAACAAGAGGCCAAGGGCGUUGAGCUGAAGGCUGAAUCAACCGACCUGACAGCCCUUCAGGUCACACAGCCAGCGGCAGAGCCCAAGAAGCCUGGCCGCAGGAGGUCAGUCAAAGUCGAGGCUCCUCCACUAGUGCAGCAGACUGAUGAAGAGCGGAUUGCACAGGGUAAGAGGGUCCUGGGUGCUCGGAGUAAAGCCAAGGCUCUGGCUAAAGCCCAGGCAGAGGCGGAGGCGGCAGCUCGGGCCGCUCUGGCAGCUAAAAGAUCAGCAGAGAGGAGAGCGCAGGCCCAGAGACGUUUAGAGGAGCGAAAGAGGCAGCAGUUGAUUGCAGAGGAGCUGAAGAAGCCCACAGAGGACAUGUGUCUCACUGACCACAAACCCCUGCCAGAGCUGUCCCGUAUCCCUGGUUUGGUUCUUUCCGGCAAAGCAUUUGCACAUUGCCUGGCUGUGGUUGAGUUCCUGCACGGCUAUGGAAAGAUCAUCGGUUUAAAUAUACCCAAGGACAUCCCCAGCCUCGCUACGCUCCAGGAGGGCCUGUUAGGCCUGGGCGACAGCCAAGGAGAGGUCCAGGACUUGCUGAUAAAGCUGGUGGAGGCUGCACUCCAUGAUCCAGGCCUGCCCUCAUUUUAUCAGUCGGUAAAGAUCCUUGGGGAGAAGCUGGUGGAGUUGGAGCUGACCCGCAGCACCAUCUCAGAGGUACUUCGUGUCUUUUUGGAAUCUCAUGGUUAUGAAGCAGAAGUGUGCAACACGCUGAGGACCAAAACAUUUCACGCCCUGCCUCCUGACACCAAGGCGGCCAUCCUUGGUUUCCUGGUGGACGAGCUCAACGGCAGCAACAUUGUCACAAGUGACAUUGACAACACAUUAGAAAACAUGGCAACUUACAGGAAGAACAAGUGGAUCAUUGAGGGGAAGUUGCGCAAACUGAAGGCGGUGCUAGCGCGUCGCACAGGACGCUCGGAGGAAGAGCUGUGUUUUGAGGAGAGGAGGCGCAGUGCCAGAGUGGCCGAAGAAGAGAACCUCAGUCUGGAGGAGAGUGGCCUUCUUCCGGAGAGAGGCAGCCGCCGUGCACGCAAAGAAGAGCCUAAACUCAGCGAUAGCGAGAGUCCCACCACUGCCAGCAUUCCAGAGCUUGAAAGGCAGAUAGAUAAGCUAACUAAGCGCCAAGCAUUUUUCCGUAAAAAGCUGCUACAGUCGUCUCAUUCCAUGCGGGCCGUAUUGCUCGGCCAGGACCGUUACCAGCGCAGAUAUUUGGCUCUACCUCAUCUCGGAGGAGUUCUGGUCGAGGGGCCAGAGGAGCUGCUGACUUCUGGGGAAGUCCUUGUCGCAGAGGUUCCCGUCACCUUUCUCAAAAAGGAGCCCAAAGUUGAGGAGACCCCGAUGCCUACUACCCCGCCUCCUACUCUACCGUCCUCUCCUUCCUCUGCUACCCCUGCCCAGCCUCAGCCCUUGUCAGCAGAGGACGACCCCCUCCCUGGUACUGCGUCCCUCAUGAGCAGGCCGAGAGGACGAGGGCGUCCCCGAAAAAUCAAACCAGAAGUGGAGCUUCACCUCCGCACAGCAAAGAUUCGUCGCCGGCGUCGAAGUAGCGCCAGGUCAGCGGGUGAAGAGGGUCCAGGAUCCCCGAAUGGCGGCAUGCACGACCUCACUCAAGCUGCUUUCCAGAGCUGGCUCAGCCAAUCACAGGAAGUGGUGACAAACGGCACAUGCUCAGCAGCAGGGGAUGCUCCGGAGGGCAAUCGACCAGAGGAGAGUGUGAAGGAGAUGGCGGAGAAACAGGGACAGUGGUUCAACCUGCUCCCCAAACAACCGUGUGACGAUAACUCUCUAACUGAUCCCCAGACGCCCUCCUCACCCAGCUCGCCCCCAAAACUCUUCCCUCAAAUCCCGAGCGCUCUGCCCGCACUCGCUGCUCCGCUCUUGCAGCCGGACCCGCUCUUGCCUGACCUGACUCCUGCUGACCCUGUGACCUCAGCAACACCACAGGACAUUCCCUCUGUUCUGCCUGCUCCUGAUGCUCCUGCUGCUCCUGCUGCUCCUGCUCUUGCACCAGCACCUCCUCUCCCUCAACUUCUUCCAGCUCCCAUUCCUCCUGCCAGGCCUGCUCUCACCACCCCCACCAGGCCAGGUCGCAGGCGGCGGAGAGGAAGCAGAGGGAGCAGUCCUGCUCGCAGAGGGUCAAGAGGAGCUGCAGCCAAACGCCGGGGCCGCCCUCCCAACUCUGUGUUCCAGGAGCUCGAGCAGCAGUACUUCACACAACUGGUGGUCAAGCCCACACCAGCUUCGAUGGUGCGUGGCUGGUGGUGGAUCAAGGAUCCAGAGGAGCUGUACAGCACCUUACAGGCCCUCCAUCCAAGGGGUGUCAGAGAGAGGGUGCUCCAUAAACAUUUGGCCAAACACAUGGAGAGUUUAGCCGAGAUGUGCACCAAACCUAUCGAUGACCCGAUAUUUGAGUUGAAGGUGGAGGCGAAGGAUGUGCUAAUGGAGGCUUUGCAGCAGCCAUGGCAGGUACAGGAGAAAGCCAUGGAGACUGACAUCAGCGCCCUGCAGUGGGUGGAGGACCUGGAGCAGCGGGUCAUCGCAGCUGACCUCCAUCUCAAGGCACUUCCUCAGAGUGCAAUGAAUGAAGCUGAGUCUAACACAGAGAUACAAAUGGCAGAAUUUCAGCCCUACACAAUCCCAGAUCCAGACUCCACACGUGAAGACCUCCAGUACUACGAACAUGACGCCGACCCGCGUGAUGACUGGAUUGUACGGACUAAGAAGGAGUGGUCUGGCCUGCCACGCAUCGCCACGCAUCCACUGGAUUUGGCCGUGCUGCGGUUGGCCAACCUGGAGCGAAACAUUGAGAGGCGCUACCUAAAGGAGCCGCUGUGGAACCCAUCCGAAGUGAUGCGCCUCGCUCCUCUCACCCCGACCCCGGGAGAAGAGCAUCCCAUGGACGUCAUCAGUCUGGAAAGUGAGAUCACUUCUCGACUACGAACGUGGCGACAGGCUCUGGAUCGCUGCCGCAGCGCUCCCCAAGUCUGUCUGUGUUUACUGCAGCUGGAGAAGGCCAUCGCUUGGGAGAGAUCCGUGACUAAAGUGACUUGCCAGGUUUGCAGGAAGGGAGACAAUGAUGAUUGCUUGUUGCUGUGUGACGGCUGUGAUCGUGGCUGCCACAUGUAUUGCCUGAGGCCCAAAAUCACCCAGGUGCCAGAAGGAGACUGGUUUUGUCCUGCCUGCGUCGGCAAGGAGGAACAUGAUUCUCCGCGCUCGUCCAAAAAGAGGAGGGUGAAGAAGAGAAGAUAUGAAGACGACAGCUCUGAAGAUGAGAGGACACCACGUCGUAGUAGCGGCGGCAUGGCAACACGGCACAAGGAGACCGCAACACCCCCCUCAUCUUCCCGUCACUCAGAGGGCGCAAAACGUCGUCGCAUGACAACCCGCAACCAGCCUGACCUCACCUUCUGCGAGAUCAUUCUCAUGGAGAUGGAGGCCCACGCAGACGCCUGGCCAUUCCUUGAACCCGUCAACCCCCGACUGGUGCCCGGUUACCGGCGCAUCAUCAAGAACCCCAUGGACUUCCUCACCAUGAGAGAGAGACUGCUACAGGGAGGGUACUGCAGCUGUGAGGAGUUUGCGGCGGACGCUCAGCUCGUCUUCAACAACUGUGAGCUGUUCAACGAGGACACGUCUGAGGUGGGAAUGGCUGGACACGCCAUGAGGCGUUUCUUUGAGAGCCGCUGGGCGGAGUUCUACUCAAACAAGGACAAAUAGGAUCCUAUGCCGUUCCCCCUGAUGGUGGGGCUGUAAACUGUUGGUGCUGUCACCGUCCCAGUCACACUCUCCAUCACUGCUCUGACUGUCUGGAGGUUAUUCCAGCUCUGUGUACUCCCUCAUGUAUAGAUAUAUAUGUAUAGAUUUUGGCUAUUUGUCUGUUAUUGUUUCCUCUACCGGCCGAAUCUUUUCCAGGCCCACAGCUGAGCUGGCCUGAACUCGUACCCAUUCCCCGUCACACAGAGAGUGAAAACACUCUUCACUUCUCCUCGUGUCUCCUCAUGUUCACCUCAGCACCUCAUCUCCUGUUGGCGUUCUCCUGUCACGUCCUCUCACGAGCCCCAUGUCGUAGCGAGGCCUUCUGUCAAACCCUGCUUGUGGGGUGAUGACAUGGUCUCCGGCCCUGAGUAUUUUGGCUCUCGGACUCAUACUGAAGGUCAGGGACUGAUCACACUAUGGCAGCCUCGCUGCUGCGUACUGGACCUGCUUAGCGCCGCUCGACGACUAAAUGGAUCAAAACUCUUCACUGAGCUUGGGCCAUUUCUUACCUGUUCAAUGGAAAUGUAAUGUACCGUGGUCUUAUGCCUAGAAGUAAUUUUUUGCUCAAUAUAUUUUUAUUAUAUAUUCUAUAUAUAAAUAUAUAUAAAGAUUACAAUAGCUGGGAUUAUUUAAUAGCAAUAGCUUGUAGUGAAUGUGUACAGAUUACCUUAUAGAGAUGUCUAGACGAUUUUUCGAAAAGGCCAGUUAAACUCAAAGGAAUCUGUUCUUGGACUGUCACGAGUAGACGUUGUAUAACCUCCACUUAAAGUCUUGCACGCCACACAAACACAUGUUUCACCAACACACACAUUGACAUGCACAUGAUUUCACACACACAUACCCACCUUCUGCUGCUGUGUGAAAGACACUGGUUUCUGGAAAUGGGUUGUUUUUUUUAUUCGUGUUGGUCAGUCAGUUUGGACUCAUAUUUUACUGUCCCUCUUGUUAGGGUUAAAUUAUCAGCUAGUUUCACCUGAUCUGUGUACUGAAAGGAUGCUACUGCAACGCACGACUGACAUUUUGCUCUUUUAUACCAGGAAAUUGCCCUGAGACAAGAUUGUUUGCGGCUUCAAAAUUGCAAUUGAUCAUCCGAUCCGCGUUGAAAAUGUACUUUGUCUGUAGCUUGUCAGACCAGGUGAAAACAUCGAAAGGUGGUUUUGUGCGAAGCUAAAAUCCUCCCAUUUUUAAGACUAGACUUACAAAGAAGCUCUGAUAGUGCGGCACAUUCCUGCCCAGUUUUCUGUCUUACAUUCCUUUUUUAUUUUCGCUGAACAAGGGCCAAUGUAUGAUGUUGCGCGGCAUGGUCGGUGUGCUAUGAAGGCGACAGGAUGACUCCACAGUCUUUGGUUUUAUUUAAACGUGUUUCUUACACUGAAUUCAAAUAGGAAAAUAAACUUUGAUGUUCCUUAUUACACUUAAAGGGACAGACGUUUUUUCAAAAAAGACAAAAAAAAGACAUGAAAACCAAACGUGGUGUUAAGUGAAUUUUUAAUAAUGUACAGUUUUGGUGACUUUAAAUUUGUUCCUUUAUAUUUUUAGGACCAAUUCAUCAUUUUUAAGAGGAGGUAUUACAAGACUCUGUUGUAUUAAGGUGAUGUAACACGUGUGCAUCUGUAGAAUGUACUGUGAGUUGAAUAAAAACCACAUCUAGUAGAGA